CUGAUUUUUAUCUAACAGCGCCGCCUGCAGGACUAUACUGGAUACUAUAUUAUAAUCUUGUUCGGAGCAGAUCUGAUUAUUAUGAAAUGGAGUCAUACAACAAAAAUCUGUUCAACAGAAAACUUAAUAGGAGACAGGUUUGAAAUGACAAAAUUGUUUUCCCUGCAAACUCAGCCUGUAAAACUGGAGGCAGGCCAAAGCCCCCCUCAUCCUUGUUUCCAUGGCAACUGUCAGGGUGGAGGAGAGCAGCGAAUCAUCAUCACGCUGCAGAAAGCGAGAAGCUGUGUUCAUGCUAAAAUGGGAUGUGGAAAUUCUUCAGCUACCAGCACAACAGCGGGAGGUGAGUGCUUGUCCUGCAGAGGCUGUCAAAGAUGUGACAGAAGAACCUUCACCAGAUGAUGAGAAACGAAGGAACUAUGGAGGUGUGUAUGUGGGGCUUCCUGCUGACCUGACCACAGUAGCUGCCAGCCAAUCAAAAUCCUCACGUAAAGACUAAAAACAGAUCACACGAAACUACAAAGGUCUGGUUUCUCUUGAAUCAAAGCUAUGCAGUCGCUGUUUUUGAAGACAUCUGAAUAAAGCAGACGGAGUGACUUCUUUAAUGUCCUGCAGGCGAAGAGAACCGAGCUGACUUUGGAACCGAAAAUGUUGGUGUAUGACAUCACUGUGACAUCAUGACGGCUGGAACACAGAGGCUUCUGUUUGAAACACUGAGCAUUAUUGUGGGUUUAAGUGUAGAUUGUGUUGCCAUGGGAACUGUCGCUGUCUGACAUCUCCUUACUGAUGUGGCGACGGUCACCCGGGAUGAUUUUCUGGUGUUUUGGAGUCACCAUGGGAGAGACUAACUGAGACAUCAGAUCCAAUCAACUCUCUGCAAUAAAGGUUUUAUGAAUCUAUAAAACGUUGAAAUAAGUUUUCAGAUCUAAACAUUUUACAUAGUGUAACAAAGUUAGCUGAAACAUUUAGCACUAAGAUGACUAGAGGUGGCGGCAUGACUACUGAAUUGAAUUUGUAGACACACAAAUGACAUGAACAUAUAGAUUGUAGUUUUCUAAUACACUUUGAUAAUCACCACAUCAUCUCAUUAUUAUAAUAAACUCAUUCUCAUUUACUAAUCUUCUUUAUUAUAUUGCUAUAUUUAAUACUAUUUCAGGAUACUGACUUGUGAUUGUACUAUUAACAUUUUAUGUGUCAAAUGUGAAUUAUGUAUAUGAAAUUAAAAUACACACCUUUAUGAA